GCUAUAGUGCUGCGUGCGUGUAAGCCCAGCAGCUGGGUAAUGUUAUGGUUGCUGCUUUCCUGUGCUAAGCUGAUUUACUUGUUUAAGGUCUGACCUCAUCAUCCUGUCAGUAUGGAUUCCCACCUAUGCAGCUAGCAGCAGCUUAGCAUCGGCUUGAAGAGCUUGCAGUGUAUUAAUCAGGAGAGAGCAACGAGCUACCGGUAUUUGUUCUUUUGUUGUCUUUUCUUAAGAAGAGGAGUUGAAACACAAGAGAUAACAAAGAAUCCAUUUCCUUCCUGAAAGGAUAGGCUUUUGUCUCCGGCUUUCUUUUCCUUUUUUUUUUUUUUUUUCUUCUCUCUCCUCUUUUCUCUGAAAAAAAUGUCAGUAUCUGGAAAGAAAGAGUUUGACGUGAAGCAGAUCCUGAGGCUCCGCUGGAGGUGGUUCAGCCACCCCUCGCAAGGCUCCGCCGGCACCGGAGGCCACAGAGGGACACCCGUUCAGAACAGGUUGAAGAACCACUCUCGGGACAGGAAUGGGCUGAAGAAAAACAGCAGCCCCGUCCACCACAACAUACUGGCCCCUGUGCCAGGUCCUACCCCAGUGCACCACCGAGCUCUCCAGUCCUGGCAUCACCAAAACCUCAUAGAGCAGCUUCGAGCAAAUGAGGAUAUUCCCAAAACUGGCACAGAGGAAAACUGUGUUAAAGAAGAUUCAAAAACCACACAGGAGUUGCAGAUGAUCACAGAGGAAAAUUCAGAUGAAUCUACAGAGAGGUUAUCAACCACGAGCAGUUCACUGCUUGGAAUGAACACCAAUGGCUCGGAUGAAUAUUUCCAAUCUACAAACCACGCGGAGCAAACGUUCCGCAAGAUGGAGAGUUAUCUGCAGCAGAAACAGCUGUGUGAUGUUCUCCUCAUCGCCGGAGACCAAAAGAUUCCCGCUCACAGGCUGGUUCUCAGUGCAGUGUCUGAUUAUUUUGCUGCAAUGUUUACUAACGACGUGCGGGAAGCAAAACAAGAGGAGAUCAAAAUGGAGGGUGUAGACCCGGAUGCGCUGAAGGCUUUGGUGCGCUAUGCAUACACAGGUAUUCUUGAGUUAAAGGAAGACACUAUAGAAAGUUUGUUAGCUGCAGCUUGUCUUCUCCAGCUAUCUCAGGUCAUUGAGGUAUGUUGUAACUUCCUGAUGAAGCAGCUCCAUCCUUCCAACUGCCUCGGGAUUCGCUCUUUUGGAGAUGCUCAGGGCUGCACAGAGCUCCUGAAGGUGGCACAUACAUAUACGAUGGAACACUUCACAGAAGUAAUAAAAAACCAGGAAUUUCUUUUACUUCCUGCUAAUGAAAUCGCAAAGCUCCUGUCUAGUGAUGACAUCAACGUUCCUGAUGAAGAAGCCAUUUUCCAGGCGCUGAUGAUGUGGGUGAGGCACGACCUGCAAAACAGGCAGCGAGACCUGGGCAUGCUACUCUCUUACAUUCGACUGCCUCUGCUUCCACCCCAGUUACUAGCUGACCUGGAAAACAGUCCAAUGUUUGCAGAUGACCUAGAAUGUCAGAAGCUUCUUAUGGAGGCUAUGAAGUACCACCUCCUACCAGAGAGACGCUCCAUGAUGCAGAGUCCUCGAACUAAGCCCAGAAAAUCAACAGUGGGGGCACUUUAUGCUGUAGGAGGUAUGGAUGCCACUAAAGGCACCACUACUAUUGAGAAAUACGACCUUAGGACUAAUAGUUGGGUACAAAUUGGCACGAUGAACGGUAGACGACUACAGUUUGGAGUUGCAGUAAUUGAUAACAAACUCUAUAUUGUGGGAGGCAGAGAUGGUCUGAAAACUUCUAAUAUUGUUGAAUGUUUCAACCCUAUCACCAAAGUUUGGACUAUAAUGCCGCCUAUGUCAACGCACAGACACGGCCUAGGAGUAGCAAUGCUUGAAGGACCAAUGUACGCGGUUGGUGGUCAUGACGGAUGGAGUUAUCUUAAUACAGUAGAAAGAUGGGAUCCCCAAGCACGGCAGUGGAAUUACGUUGCUAGCAUGUCAACUCCAAGAAGCACUGUAGGGGUUGCAGCAUUAAAUAGCAAGCUGUAUGCAGUUGGUGGACGAGACGGGAGCUCCUGCUUAAAAUCCAUGGAGUGCUUCGACCCGCACACAAACAAGUGGAGCAUUUGUGCUUCAAUGUCCAAGAGAAGAGGGGGUGUUGGCGUUGCAACCUACAACGGGUUUUUAUACGCUGUGGGAGGUCACGACGCGCCUGCCUCCAACCACUGUUCUCGACUUUCCGACUGUGUCGAAAGAUACGACCCCAAAACAGACGCCUGGACAACAGUGGCACCCUUAAGUGUACCUCGUGAUGCAGUGGGCAUUUGCCCUCUGGGGGACCGCCUAUACGCGGUCGGAGGGUAUGAUGGCCACACGUACCUGGAUACCGUGGAGUCCUAUGAUGCUCAAAAUAAUGAGUGGACAGAGGAAGUUCCUGUUAAUAUCGGCAGGGCUGGUGCCUGUGUUGUGGUAGUAAAGUUGCCAUAA